AUGGUGAUAGAAGCUAUAGUUAAUUACCAUAGCCACAACGUCUUGCCAUGGCAAUGUGCAUCUAUCAAUAUGCAGGAGAUCCCAGCACCCAUAUCUCAUGUAUGGUCUCUUAUCCGAAGAUUUGAUCAUCCUCAGGCUUAUAAGUGUUUUAUCAAGGAGUGUUAUAUGCGAGCUGGGAAUGGUACUGAAGUUGGUAGUGUUAGAGAGGUUUUGAUGAAGUCUGAACUUCCGGCUGUCAACAGCGUUCAGCGUCUUGAUGAACUGGAUGAUGAACACUAUGUUAUGCGGUUUUCAAGUGUUGGCGGUAAUCAUCGUCUCACCAAUUAUCAGUCUACAAUUAGUCUUCAUCAAGUUAGUGAUAAGAUUACAAUGGUAAUUGAGUCUUAUGUUAUAGAUGUCCCUCCGGGUGUCACCAGAGCGAACACAUGCACUUUCAUUGAUGGUGUCAUCAAGUCCAGCCUCAAGGCUCUUGCAGAAAGGAUGGCAGAGUGUCUUUGA